AUGACAACUGAAGUUCUGAAAAUCAAAAGUGACUGCGUCAUAUUGGAUGGCAAGCAGCUUGACAUCGAGAAGUGGGAUUUUCCUUAUCAAGAUGCUGCUCUCCGCCUGCAGCGGCCUGACUUGAAAAUUUUAUCUCUGCAGAAGGCAUGCAGCUGCAUGACUGCAGCAGCAUUUGCUGCUGCUAAGGGAGCAGCAGCUCAUGCUGCUGUUGUUGGCGUUGUGACUUCUGUCUCAGACCCUCGUGGAGUCGCCAAUGAAAUGAAAUGGAAGAAGGGCGUCCAGCGGGGGGACUUGGUUGCAGUGCUAAACCCUUCUUUGCUUCCAAAGGCCGACGGCUCCGAUUCGCGAGCAGCAGCAGUCGAAGAUGAUGACCAAAUUCUCAAAGUGCAGCCCUAA